AGCCUCAUUUUGACUCGGUUAACUCCCAGGGUGCUUGAGUUUUCUUUUGCAAUGAGGCCGAAGAAAUAUUUCCUUUAAAAGUCAUACAGGAACCUAAAAGAGGAAGAGGAAGAACAAGAGGAAGAAAGUGGGCUGAGAGGUGAUGGACACAACAGAUCAGAACAGUAGUCCAGUCAUCAUCACAAAAGUUGAUUAUCUGGUGCGGUACACUGAGGAAGUGCUUCUCCCUUUCUUCACAGACGAGAGUCUGCAGGUCGCCAUGGACUCACAACACCCCCCUGCCUCCCACAGCGUCCCUCCAACUCUCCCUGAACUUAGACUGGUCCUCCUUGGCAGGAAAGGAGCGGGGAAGAGCGCGGCAGGUAACACCAUCCUGGGAGGAGUAGGGGGGUUUGAGAGCGGAAAGCCCACGGAGGAGUGCGUGAAAAGGCGAGCCGAUGUGGCAGGGAGAAAAGUCACUGUGGUGGACACUCCAGGGUGGGAGUGGUACUACCCGCUCAACAGCACCCCUAACUGGGUGAGGAGAGAAACUUUAAGGAGUGUGUCGCUUUGCCCUUCUGGGCCCCAUGCUGUGCUACUGGUAGUGCGAUCUUGCGCCUCAGUGACGGAGGACUACAUCAGUGAGAUAGAGGAGCACCUGGAGCCGCUGGGAAAGGAUGUUUGGGAGCAUACUAUGCUGCUGUUCACCCGAGGAGAUGAACUAGGACUGGUGUCCAUGGAGCAACGAAUCUUGACGAGCGGCACAGCACUCCAGGGACUUCUGCAGAAGUGUGGGAACAGAUACCAUGUCGUGGAUAACCGGAGCAAAGGAGAUGGGACGCAGGUUAAAGAGCUCAUACGGAAACUGGAGGAGAUGGUGGAGGGGAAGAAGGGUGGAAGCAGUUAUUUAGAGAUGGAUAAUACAGUUCUGAUGAGUCUGGAAGCAGACGGGAAGAGGAGAGCAAGGGAGAGGAGGAAGAAACAGAGGCAGAUGGAGGAGCAGAUGCAGAAAUCAACCAUCAAAACUGCCCUAAUGAGUGAUGAUCUUCAGGGUUCAGAGCUAGAUGCCCACCAGUCGUUCUCCAAGGCUCCCCGACGUUUACCAGAGGUCAGACUGGUUCUCCUGGGCGAGCGUGAAACAGGAAAGAGUUCUGCCGGGAACACCAUCCUGGGCAAAAUGGGCUUCUUCCAGGUCGGGGCAGUCACAGAGGAGUGCGUCCGUCAGCAAGCAGAGGUGGCCAUGCGACUGGUGACAAUGGUGGACACUCCAGGCUGGGAGGGAGGCGUAGCAGGCACCACACCUGAAAGGGUGAAAAGGGAGAUUAUCAGUAGUGUGGCCUUGUGUCCACCGGGGCCUCACGCGCUGCUGCUGACUCUCAGGGUGGAUACACUGGUGGUGGCAGGACAUGUAAGGGAGCAUCUGGAACUUCUGGGCGAGGGUGUAUGGAGGCACACUAUAUUGCUGUUCACCCAUGGGGAUCAACUUCGAGAAGGAGUGGAUAUUAAGCAGCAUAUCCAGGGUGGGGGCAGGGACCUCCAGUGGUUGCUGGAGAAAUGCAGGGGCAGGUACCAUGUCAUUAGCAGUAUGUAUGUAGGAGGAAGAGCAAAUGGCGCCCCCAGUAAUGUGACAGAGCUCCUGCAGAAGGUGGAAAAGAUGGCCGCAAUGAACAGGUGUGAGGCUUUCUCUGGCCUGGUUCAGGAGGUCAGGGAUCUGAGCCGGCAAAGGAACGAGAAGUUUAACCAGCGCCUGAAGGAGAUUGGAGAUAAAAUGCUUCGCCAGGAGGCAGAGUUGAAAAAUAUGAGAGAGAGGGAGAUGAAAAGCAUCAGGUGGUUUUUUGACAGGAAAAAAAAGGUGAAAUCACCUGGAAAGGCUGACUUUCAAAGGGAAGAGGAGGAGGAUGAGGAAAGGAGGACUGGCGAUAGGAAGAAUGACUUUGGGGAGCUGGAGGAGAGGAUGCGAUGGUUGACAGAGGAUAAAGAGAAAGAAAUUCAGGAUCUAAGCAUAGAAAAAGAGAGAAUGUACAUAGCACUAAACCAGAGCAGAAGGGAAAGAGAUGAGGCAAUGCGAAACCUGGAGCUAAAAGAGAGAGAGACUGAGGAGCUAAAAGAAAGGAUUGAUGAGCAGCAAAUGAAGCUGCUCGACCUUGAACGCGCCAGCGUGGAAAACGAACAUGAGAGAAAACAGAGGGAGGACACCAUUAAAGUCGAGAAACAAGAGUGGAUGAUUGAGGUUAGGAUGUUGAAAGAAAGCACAGAUCUGCUUAUUAACGAGAAAGCAGAAUGGAUGGAAAAAGCGAAUUCCUUGACAGCAGAAAUGGAUGAAAUGAACAGACACUAUGAUCAUAUUCUCAAGAGAAUCGAACAAGAAAAAAACAGGGAGAGGGCAGAGAUGGAAGAAAGGUUAAAAGCAGAGAUGGAAAUAAAAUUACUUGAAAAAGACAAUGAGCAGGAAGAACUGAGGAAAAAAGCCUCAGAGGAAAAGCAGGUAACUCUUGAUAACGUAAAACAACAUGAAAAACAAAUGGAGAUGAAAGUUGAAGAAAUGAAAUCACAACAUGAGGAAGAGCUAGAGAGAAAAACACACGAGAAAGAAAUAGAGAUACAGGCCAUAAAACUGCAGUAUCAGGAAGAGAUGACCAGAACAAUCGGGGAACUAGAAAAAACGAUGGAGGCAAUGAAAGUUCAACACCAAGAAGAAACUCACCAGAAGAUGAGAGAGAUUGCUGAAGAUAAAGAAAGGAUCAAGCAACAACAUGACAGUGAAAAAAGGGAGAUACAGCAAGAAAAACAAAGAGAGAUUGCAGAGCUGAAAGAACAUUUUACAAAACAAACAGAGGAACAAUUUCAAGCAAAAAAGAGAGCAAUAGCAGAGUUGGAACAAAGGUAUCUCCUCCAAAUGGAAGAGAAAAUGAUAGAAAACAAAGAAGAGAAGGAAAUGAUUCAAAUUAAUCUGAAAAAAGUCAUGGAACAAAUGUUGCAAGAGAAGGAAAAAGAGCUGGAAAUGUUAAAACUGCAGCAUCAGGAAGACAUGGCAAGAGAAAUUAAAGAAAUGGAAAAACUAACAGAGGAAAGGAGAGCUGAACUCCAGGAGGAAAUGGACAGAAAAGUGAGAGAAAAGGAGCGAGAUGUGGAAAGGAUCCAACAAGAGCACAGCGAUAAAAUAAGGGACAUCGAGCAAGAAAGGCAAAGAGAGAUCAAACAGCUGAAACAACAGCUUGCAGAAGAAAUUGAGAAAGAACUGCAGGAAAGACAAAGAACGACAAGAGACUUGGAGCAAAAGUACGCUGCUCAAAUGGAAGAAAGGCUGCUUGGAAAUGAAAAAGAGAAGGAACUGAUGAGGGAAAAUCAUGAAAAACACGUUUUGCAAAAAAUGCAAGAGAGAGACAGGCUGAUAGAGGAGCUAAAACUUCAGCACAUCAAUGAACUCAAAGAAAAAAUGCAGGAAGGUGAUAAGGAAAAGGAAAAGAUUGUUAAGAAUCUCAAGAAAGAGAUGGAGCAAAGGCUGGAGGAAAAGGAGAAAGAGAUCAAGGAGAUCAAAUUGAACGACAAAGAAAUGAGGGAAAAGCUGCAGAAAAAGGAAAAGAAAGAAAACGAUUAUUUAAAUUAUAAGAAAGACCUGGAGCAAAGGCUGGAAGAAAGAGAAAGAGAAAUAGAAAUAAUGAAACAACGUCAGCAUCAGACAGAAGAGGAACGAGAAAGAGAUCACUUAAAUCACAAGAAACAGAUGGAGCAAAAACUAGAAGAACAAGAAAGACUGAUAGAAAAAUUGCAACAGCAUAUAACAGAUAUUGGUGAAGUCCUGCAAAGAAAAGAAGAAGAGAGUGCAGAAAUUAUUCUGAAUCAAAAGAAAGAGGCAGAGCAACAACUGCAAGACAGGGAACGAGAAAUGGAGGAGAUGAAACUGCAGCUUUUAAACGACACGGAGAGAAAACUGAAAGAAAACGAAACUGAGAUGGAAAGUCUUAAACAGCAGGCUGAGUUCAGGGAGACAAGAUGGAGGGAAGAGCAGAGAAGGAGGGAUGAGAGAGCAGAAAACGAGAUGAAACGACUGACAGACAUCGUCAACAGCAAAACAAAGGAAAUAUCAGAAGUGCAAAGUCUUCUUGCAGUCAGAGACAGUGAAACUGACGAGACAAAGAAAACAUGUGCAAACUACUUAAAAGUAAUUGAAGAGCUGAAAGAACACAAUAAAACCCAAACCUCCAGUAUCAUCGAAAUACAGGAGCAUCACACAGAGCAGCAAAGGAAAAGAGAUGCUGAAAUGAUGGAAAAUCUUAAGGAGAAAGACGAAGAACUCCACGAACUGAGGCAGAGAAACAAAGAAAACGAGAAAGAGCUCGUCCAACUGAGGCUAACAAUCGAGCAGACAAAGUCCGAGCUGAAGGAGCUCACCAACAGAAUGGAAAACGAGAUGACAAGCAUGAUCCAGGAAUAUGAAAAGGAGAUCGCAAGAAAGAACGAGAACAUAGACUACAUCGAAAAGGAGAAGGAGUGUGCCAUAAGUCGUCUGGAGGAAGAAAGUCAGCAAAGCAUCUCGGAAGUCACAGAGAAAUAUGAGGACAGUCGGAGGAGAGUGGAGGAACUGCAGGAGCAAAACGAGAAGAUGAGAAAAGAGGCGGACAAUCUAAGAAUAAUGCACGAGCAGCAGAAAAAGGACAGUGAAGAAGAAGUUAGAAAACGUCUCAAGGGAUAUGAACAGCAGGUAAAGAACUCAGAAGCAGAAAUCCAAAGCAUUCUUAAAGAGAGAGACGUGGAGGUCGGGGUAUUAAAGGAGGCAAAUGACAAACUGCAGGUAGAACUAGACAGGAUGAAAGAGAGAGAAGGUGAGGCAGAAAGGCAGAUGAAUGACAUGAGAGCACAUUUCCAGACACAGCUGAUGGAGAAACAAAGUGAGCUCAGGCUGAAAGAUCAGGAGAGUGAGAAAGAAUUCUUGAAAAGGGAAAAAGAAGUGGGGGAAAGGGAGCAGGUUCUCAGCAGGAACGAAAAAGAGCUGAGCAAAAGAGGACAUGAACUGGAUGCAAAAGAGGGAGAGCUUGUUGAGAAAGAGGUAAAGCUGGAAAGCAAGGGGCAAAAACUUAGUGAAUGGGAGGCAAGUCUAGAAAAGCAGCAAAAAGAGCUAGAAGAAAAACAUAAAUACAACCAAGAUGAGAGCAUAAGAGCGGCAAAUAUCAAGAAAAAGGAAAGGGAGCUGGAGAGCUUGCUUAGGGCUCUGGAAGGCACACAGAAGGAACUAAACUGUCACGGUCAGGAUCUUCAGAUGAAGGUUAAAGGGCUGAAAGAUCAAGGCAAAGAGCUGAAAGAUAGGGAGUACUACUUAAGAAAUGAAGAGAAGGAGUUGCUCAACUGGAAGUCAGAGCUGCAGAUGCGAAAUGAGCACGUAAACUCAACGACGCAGCAGUUGGAUGAGAUGGGGAGAGACUUGGCUCUGCUGAAGGAGGAACUUCACAAGAAAGAGAAAAAUAUAAAGGAGUCACUUAAGAGGCUGAGCAAAUGGGAAGAGAAUCUUAAAGAACGGGAGGAAGAGUUGCUCAAAAGAGAGACAAGAGAUUUAGAGGAUGGACAACAUGGAGUUCAACACAAUAGGAGAGUCCAAGAGAGGAAUCCUGAUUUACAUAUGAUGUACCAACAGGAAAAAGGAAGCGGAAGACAGUUAGAUAGCGAAAAUGCAAAGGAAAAGGAGGAUCAGAAGAUGAAAACAGCAUUGUCAGCUGCAGAGAGCAAUAACUGUCACCCUGAAACACUAAAAGAAAUAGAGGCGGCUGAUAAAAGGGAAGGGAUGAGAGGAACAGAUCUGACAAAGUCAAAGGUCAUUGGAGAUUUACAGUUUUUAUCUACAAGUCAGGGUCACAGAAGCUCAAACAACAAAGAGUCUCCUGGGUUGGAUUUUAGGGUUGUGGUCUUUGGGGAAUCCUGGUCGUCUCGCUCCCCGGCUGGAGUCACCGUCCUGGGCGGAGAAGCAUCCAAACACGACGGGUCCACCUUCAGGCACUGGAGAGGUCAGAUAGCUGGACGAUGCCUCUCCAUAGCAGAACCUCUGGGUCUGAGGUGGCGAGACGGCCCAGAUCCGACCAACAUGAUGCAAAGGAAAAGCAUCCUUGACAGUAUCUCCUGGUGUCGCCCAGGACCUAACGUCGUCCUCCUCCUCAUGCCGGCCUUCUUGACCUGCACGCAGAAGUACAGGAGAGCAGUAGAGGAGCACAUGAGUCUGCUCGGGGAAGACUUUUGGCAGCGCACACUGGUGCUGUUCACAUGGGGGGAAAUUUUAGGGGAGAGUGCAGAGCAGCACAUCCUAAGGAACGGGGAGCUAACGGGGCUUGUAGAGAGAUGUGGGGGCAGAUAUCAUGUAGUGACCAACAAGAAAAGCAACUCCAUGAUCGAGGGAUUGUUUGAGAAGAUGGAGGAUAUGGUGACUAUGAACUCUGAGCAGAACUGUGACAAGACCGUAUGACUUGCCAUGUAUCACAUCAUGUUAAAAUACCAUUUUCAUCAUGAUUAUGUAAAUAUUGUUGAAUAAAUUUAACCUGCGAAGGAAGAAAUAACAAGAUCAUUUUUUUUAACCGCAGGUCAAAGUAUGAAAAAGUGAAACUAUGGCAUUUUGAGUAAAAGUACAUAAAAAUUUUAGUCCAAUAGUUCCCACGGUAUCCAAGAUAAAUCUGACAGUUUGUGAAAUAACUAAUUGCACAUGUAAGUAGAGAAAAAUAUAAUUUCUAUAACAUAUUUAAUUUGGAGUGAAAUUACUCUUUCUGCAUCUAUUAAAAGACCCAAACAAGACAUACUGUGGCCUUGUUUGUAGGAACCACAGGGCAAAAUGAUUGAGAACUACUAUUACACUGUAUAUUUUUUAAUGUGAAAUCUUAACCUGAAAAGUACGUGGUGACUAUGGCUGCUAAAUAAAUGUAGUUUAGUGAAAAGUGUAAUAUUUCCCUCUGAAUUGUGGUAAUGUAGUGGUAUAAAGCAGCAAAAAACUACUUCAGAUUUGUAUUUGAGAUUGUACGCUCCAGCAUCCUACUCACUGACUGAUUAAUAUAAACAUUCAUUAACUAUUCACUGUUUUGGGGGGAAAAAAAUGAUAUAAAAUUCUGAAUGAACUGUAAA